AUGGUUGAUCGUGGAGCGAUGGUCAAAUGGACUUUGGAGACUGUGGGUAUUCAUGAUUGUUUAAAAUGGCUUGACUCCAUUAAUGAAGAGUACUACACAGAGAAGGGAACACUUGAGACGAUGUCUUGGCUGGUUAAUGGUUCUAAUAGUGGAUCCAAAAGAUCAGUUGACCUAGCCACCAGUCCAUCCUCCGAUAAAAAGAGAAUUCGUGAAAAUGCAGUGAAUGAACAAAUAGAGUCUGAACAAAGAAUUUUCAUCAUGCCUCCAGAAGACAAUAGCCUUCCACUGGACCUCAGUUGCCGUGGGCCAGUGGUUGUAAAGAAUUAUGGAAGACCAGCUGCAGCAUCAACACCAGAGUCACGAGAGCACCAUAAUGCUCAUGUCAGUAUAAUAAAAAAUGAAUUUAAUAAUUCUGACACCUCUGAGCCUGGCCCUGCAGAACCACUAAAUCAGACAGUGUUAUCAGAUAGAGGACCCUUAGAAGAUGAAAAUGAGAAUCUGGUAAAUGAAGCAAGAGAAAAAGAGAAGGCCUUUUUCAACAUCGCACAAAAUGAACAAUAUCUUACUGAAGACUCUACAGGUUUAGAUCCCCCACCACCUCUGCCCUUGUAUGGAGCAGGAGGUGCAUUAAGAAGAAUGCGUGUAAGCAGCGAUGAUGGGCCUCCAAUGGUGUAUAGUGUGCGAUUGUAUGCAGAACAGGUUCUUGUGUCCAGGAUUUUAGGGGUCAAUGAAGAGACGGGUGACAAGAUGGAACUAUACAAAUGUUUUAUGUGCAGUGUUGCAUUUCCAUCCAUUUCAAGACUACAAGCUCAUCUAUUUCAGCAUAAGCAACAGUUUGUCUGUUGCAAGUGUAGCUUUUCAUGUGAUUCAAGAGUCCAAUUUUCUCACCAUGUACAGCGUGAACAUCUUUCUCCACCUAUGCAGUCUAACAGGGAUAAGGAAGAUACAAGAUGUGAUAUGAGUGAUGAUUCCUGUAGUGCAGAGAAUACUGUCACAGUGGCUGCACUUUUAUCUGCUCUUCGGGAGAAGGCUCAAGAAAACAGACCCCAUAGCCUUGUACAGAAAGAAACCUUUGAGGAAGAGGAAGAGAAUGUUAGUGAGGACUCUUAUCCAGUUUCUCCAUCAUCUGAAUCGCAAGAAGCAGGGGAAAUACAAGAAGGAAGUACAGGAGAAGAUCUCUUCAAGAUGUACACGUGUAGAUUUUGUGGCAAAAAAUUUGACCGUGCCUUCUCAUGUAAUCGGCAUGAACGUGUGCACACUGGAUACAAACCAUGUUUCUGCCGUGUGUGUGGAAGAGGCUUCUCAGAGCCAAGAAAUUUGAGGCAUCAUGUGAUCAGAUUUCAUAGUGAUGGAUCUCUUCGUCACCUUAUUAAAAGAGAUAGACACUUCUCAGGAAAGCCCACUGGAUUAGAGGCUUCACUAUCUUCAAAAAAUGUGAAUAGGUGUGAGGAUAUUAAUAAAGACCUCAAAAGAUCAUUAACUCCACCUCUAGCAGAGACCAUGAAAGAGCAGACAAAUUCUGAUGUGUCUGCUGCAGUCACAACCUAUACCACAAAUCUCACAAAAAUAAUUGCUGCAUCUUUAGACAAUACUUCACGCAUUAGUAGAAGACAUACAUUAUUUACAGACACAUACAGAGAUGAAUUGGAGCCUGGAGAAAUCAGGCUAGAUAAGCGUUCAAAAAUUGUUGAUGAUGGAGAAAGUGGACGACGAUUAGUUAUAACAGAUGACCAGGCAGAAGAAGGGCUGGAUCACUCCCCGCAUUUCUCAAACUAUGCUCCAAGGCUAAACAUUGUACAAGAACCAAUAGAUCGGGAUAAAGCUCUAAUGCCUAUCACAGAUGAUAUUGGGCGUACAUUUUUUGAAUGUCCCUACUGCCACAAGUUGUUUGGGAGCACCUCAGAUAUGAACCGCCAUCUUGACUUCCAUGAAGACUUAAGACCAUACAACUGUGAAUACUGUGAUUAUUCAGCUCGAACCAAUAGCCAGCUGAAGGUACACAAGAUGAGACAUGAAGGUAUAAAGUUAUAUAGCUGUGAUGUUUGUAACUAUAACGGGGUUACACAAAGUGAUCUUAAUCGACAUAAAAAAACACAAAGCCAUAUUGCUCGCAGUCAGAAUGUGUGUUCCAUGUGUGGCCUGGGUUUCUAUACUUCCUCUCAAAAGCAGGUUCACGUUGUUCAGUGUCACCCUGAAGUAGAAGGUGCUUCAUCAUUAAUCCAGAUGAGUUUAGGACCUCCGGUGGCCCCAUUACUUUCCAGCUCUGAGUACUCUCCACUAACAGGCAAUUCUAGUAUAUCUGUGCAGCCAGCUGCAGCUCAGUAAAACUUCAGUAAUACCAUAUAUGCAUUUGCAAAUUAUUCAAAUGGCAAGAAUUUUAUUCACUUUAUUUUAUUAUCAUUAUUUUGAUAUAUGAAAUAGAAGAAAGAGAUGCUAUGGUGUUAGAUUAUGAAGGAAAUUGCUUUACAAAACUGUAUCUUGCCUUCUCCACUUACAGAAAAAGUAAGAAAUAUUCAAGGAAUAAAAGAAUUCUUUGAGUAGAUUUUGCACAUUAAACUUUAGAUGUACACAGAGCAAUAGUCACUGUCAAAAAUUAAAAUCAUUUGGCUCUUAGUACAAACAUUACUGUCAAGUCCAGAAGAGGGUACAUUUAUUGUUUUUCUAAUAGGCAGAAUUUGUUUUUGCCUUUCAGGGCAAGGAUAAACAUGUGUUCACCCAAGAAAUACCAGUAAAUCAAGUUUGUGUGCACUCACUGGUGUGAUGAGCUUUAAUUGCUGUGCUGAUUAUGCUAAGAAUUCAAAUGUUGAUUUACUGAGUUAAUAUUCAGGAGAGGAAUAACAGACAGUUCUGAGAAUGAAGCUUUGUAAUUAAAAGGUACUUUCACAGACUGCCCUAUUACUGCAAAACUAUCAUAUAAAUUAUGAGGGAUUUUAUUGUAGUAUUCAAAGUAAAUUAUUUAUAUCAGUAUGAAAUUAUUUUAUGUAAAAGAGGAACAGAUUAUAUUUAGAUAUAUGAACAAGAUUUGAUAAUCUCAUGAUUACCUCAGUGUGGUAUAAGGGUUUUGGCUAUUUCCCAUAUAAGAGAAAACACUCGCUAUGAUAUACCUCUUCCUAAUGGUGUGUGCACCAAGAAACACUUCCUCUAUAAAUGUGUAGUGAAACACUCAUGAAAUGUAUGUAUUGAAACACUAAUGGCAGAUGGGUAGUAAGUAUGAGUGUAUUUUUUGGUACACAUGCAUGUAAAGUACAAGUGUUUUGAUUUGUGGUAGCUAUGCUUGCUAGCUCUCAGGUAAUACAAGCUUUUCUAGAUGAAUAUUAUUUUAGGUGAUCUUUCAUAAAACUGUUAUAAGAGAUGGUUUUUCUCUUAAGGUGUAUGCAUGGGACAUAUCCAUGUAUUUAUGAGGCCAAGUUCUUUAAUUUCCUGAACACUGGUAGAUUUUGAGCUCUAAGGAAGCAUUGCAGUUGAAUGCUUGAGAAAGGUGCUUUAAGCCAGGACUCCAACCUCUUGAAAUCCUGGAAGUUGACUUAAUUUCAAAACUCAAAUGUUUUGGUGACUCUAUCUCCACCAUUUCCAUUAUUUUUAUGAAUUAUUAGAGGUGUAUAUAUAUAUAUCUAUUUGUGGUUACAUUAUAUUAUUAUUAUUGUUUGACUUGUCUUCCUUGUUGAUUGUUAUUUGCACUAUUUGAGUGUAGUGCAUUGAAUGUGCUCUUGUAAUUAUUUAUUAUUAAAUAAUGAUUUCAUUUUACAGUUAUCAACAUUAUUGAUAUCACAAUAUCUUUGACUCCUGGAAGUAUUUUUCAUACUGAUUUAUAAACUUUUCAUUACUCUUAAAUACAUUAUUUAGAAUGUUCAAGAAUUUUAUGUUGAUAAUGAUGAGUACUGUAUAUUUAUUUCCCCCUCUUAUGAAUUAUUAGCAUAAUUAUUAUCUUAUUCACUGAUGGGACUGCUAAUAUUAUGGAUUUAACUGUUACUAGUACUGUUAUGUUGACACCCACACACUGACAGGUGAGAGAUUUGGAGCCUUGGCUUUUGUUGCCAUUCAUAAGAUCUUUACCAUGUAUUUAUCUUGUACCUUAUUCCCAGUAACUUCUCAAAAAUGUGUGUUCAUACAGAUGUAUGAAGAUUAUAAAAGUGCACAUAAGGGAACUACCAAUUUGUUGGUAUAGCUACACAAGAAAAGUGUAUUUGAAUUGUGACUUUUAUAGUGAGAAUGAGUAAUGUAUUUUAUUAUUUUUUUAUGUGAGCAAGUUUAUAAUUGGUUUUCAUAUGACUGAAUAUACAGAUUUGGAUUCAUGCACUUGUAAAUCAUAUUCCUGUCUCUGACAUUCUUACCAACUCUCUCUCACUGUAUUUUUCUUUCACUCUCUUAUUUUUAAAUACACUAGUUAAAAGAAUGUUUUAGAUCAUGUGCCAAUGUAGGAACUCUUUAUGUGCCAUUGAAAUGCCAUUUCCAUCAAGUGGAAUAUCUGUUGUUGCAAUUUUAAAAAUUAUUUAUGAUGUUAUGUACGGAUAUGUAGAAUGUGUACUUGUUUUAAAGUUAUUCAGCCAAUGUAAGUAACAUAUAGUCAUAUAUUCAGAACAUUUUGGAAACAGGGAUGUAAAAGAGAUUGUUUUGUAAGUAUAUAAUUGAUAGCAUGUAUUUGUUUAGACAUUUGAGUUUGGUUGGAGCCAGUACCAUAAAGACAGUGAGCUUAUUUUAAUAAAGUGAAGUUGCUACAGAAGCUGGUGUAAAUCAUUGGAAACCACUUGCUGAUGGUCUCUAAUAACAGAUCCAUUCCAUUUUACAAAUGUGAUGUAAUUUUAUACAAAAUUGUUUGUUUUCACUUUUUAAAAUAUUAAAUGAUUUAUCAAAGAUUUUUAUUUUCACUUUGAGUAACCAGUGACUAUAAAUGUUUGAGGGCCUGCAUUAAAUGUUAACACAAUAUUUUGUCUAAGGGAUUGUUUUAUUGUAUUCAUUAAACAUUAAUUCUGCCUAUGUUUAUGAAGCUCAAUGGGUAGCUAAACUUCAUGGCUCCAUCGUUUAAGGAAAACUUUAAUGUAUAUAGUACAAUCAUGCAAAGCCUCUGUUCCAACUUCCUCUUUCCGUUAACUCUUUCUGGUGCUAUAAUGUUGUCUUUUUUUAGUUUUAAUUAUAUGGGCAUAAUGUUGUGUAGUUAUAAUUUUAUUGAUGAAUGUUAACAACUAGGAAUGUAUUUGAAUAAUACUAUUUUAGGAUUUUUUUCUGUUGGCUCUCAUUAUGGUGUGUAGUGUGAAAGACACUAUGAUAUGAUAACAUUCCAUUUUGUGAAAAGAAAAAAAUAAACAUAUUUUAUGCUGAACAUUUAUAAAUGUAUAUUUUUUCUGCAAUACUAAUAAUAUGACA